UGACCACACAAGUGAGACAGCACUGCAGAAUAUUUUCAUAACCUUGUGACCAUUGUUUUUACAUAAACAUUUAGACUCGUAGUCUUCACACAGUGCUUGACAGGGCCUGUACUGAGCCCACCUCUUUCUCGCAACUGAACUUUGAACACUACACUGCAGAAAUGUACAACAGCUACUCUCGGGCAACAUUUGGACUAAAGGCUAAACAAAUCCACAAGGCGAAGGGGAAAAGCUGUGGCUACUACAUGAGAAUAGUGUUCUUCUUCUCUUCUUUAAUCCAGUCGCUCAUCAUUACCAGUCUGGUGCUUUUCCUCGUCUACGGCCAGCCGGAGAAGACGGCAGAGGAAAAGAGGAUUGAAGAACUUGAAGUGGCCUUUAACAAACUGUCCACAGACAACAACAAACUCCGUAAAGAGAAAGCUGACCUCGGCAGCGCCCUCAAAGCGAAAACUGGAGAGAAAGAUGCAGCCGACAAAGAAAUUACAAAACUGAAAACCGAACUGAACACAACAACAACGAAGAACAAAAAUUUGCUCAUCAGUCUUACAACAUCCAACAGUGAACUCAAUAAACUGAGGCUUUCAGCCGCCCGAAAUUCCCCAAUCCAGUGUCCACCAAGCAACUCUCAAAGUGGUGAAGUAAAGACUUUGCGGACUCAUUUGGACCAACAGAAAGCUCUGUAUGAAAUCCUUCAGAAGAACUUCAGCCAGACUGUGCAGUACCUUAAAGCUGACAUGGACAACACAGUCAAGGACAAAAACGUCCACCAUAGCAUGGUGUUAAAACUGAGGCAAGACAACAUCGAUUUAAAAUCUCAUCUUGAUGGUUACACUAAGAAAUGCAAAGAAGACUUUGCCCAAUCCCUCCAAGGCAUCCAGACGGUCACGAGUGCCUUCCUGAUCAAGAUCGAAAACUUCUUCCCCCACUAUGCUACAUUUCAUCUCACCUGCCAGAAACAGAAUGACCAGAUGGAGAGGAUUCGCUCCAACUGCUCCAGCCUCUCCAAGGAGGUAGAGGACAAGUUCCAGAGCUACCUGGACAAGGUGGGAGAGAAGGUCUCAUCCAUUCAGAUGGAGAGCAGCCGAUUGGAGGUGCAGAAUGUUUAUCUGACUUCAGAGUUGGACAAGUGCAAAACAGGUCGAAAGGAAGAGGCUGCAGAAAGCAGCAAACAGUUGCAGGAUGCCAAACAGAUGUACGACAGACAACUGGAGCAGCUUCUAAUGGAGCAAACCAGACUGAGGGAAGCCAAAGGUCUACUUGACACCCAGCUUGCCAUAAAGGAUAUCACCAUUAUAUCUAUGCAAAAGAACUGUGUACAACAGCCCAAAACUGCUGGUCUAAAACCCCCUGGUCCAGUGGGCUUGCAGCCUCCUGCACCUGCUCGGAGCCGCUAACUACAAGAGGUUGGGUAAGAAGGGAAUGAUCUGAAUCUCAAGGCCGGACACCGUGUUCAGAGUGUCUAAGGGUUUUACGUGUGGGAGUUUCCUGAUUUUGAGACUACGAUCUCUAAAUAAUGCCGUCACUGUGGAUUAGUGUAAAUGUACAUGCACUGAAAUGUUUAGUUUGAUGUAUAGUUAUAUUUAAAUGUCAAAGGCUGUGAACUAAUAAAGAACUUUUGUGGUCUAAUUUAUCUGUUAGUGCAGGCAUAAAAAAAAAUGCUUCCUGAAACAUUGUUAAAUAAAUGACUGCCUUUCCUACAAGCACAA